GAGCUCAACAAAGUGCUUUGGUCUUGUCGCACCACACCAAGCUCGGCCACGGGCGAAACCCCUUUCAGCCUGGCCUAUGGAGCUGAAGCCGUCAUCCCAGUAGAGGUUGGAUUGCCAUCCGAUCGAGCAGACUGGCAUGACGAUCUCAACAAUGAGCAACUUUUGAGAGAAAACCUAGACUUCGUAGAAGAGGUCAGGGAGAUGUCUAGAAUAAGAAACGUGGCACAUCAAAACCGCGUUGCAAAAUUUUACAAUAAAAGGGUUCGAGCUCGCCAGUUUCAAGUUGGCGAUCUGGUUCUACGCAAGGCUGGGUUAACUAACACUCAUUCACACAUGGGUAAGCUCGCUCCUAAUUGGGAAGGUCCCUAUAUGGUGGUUAGGGUUAAGCGACCUGGCUCUUACGUGUUAGCAGAUAUACACGGGCAUCAGUUACCUUACCUUUGGAAUGUACAGAAUCUUAGGAAGUUUUACAGCUAAUGUGUGUUAUGUUAUUUCGCUUGAGGUACUAUCCAUCAGUUGUAAACAAACGAUAUACCGAAAAUACAACACAAAUUCAAAGAAAAGUUCAUUUUGUAU